AUGGAACGACUCGAAACGCUGAACCAGGGCAAGAAUAAACAGGUGAUCACUAUACCGAUGGAGUCAUUCUAUAAGGAGUUGGACGAAGAGCAACGUUUAAAAGCUGAACUAGGGGAGUACGACUUUGAUCAUCCAGCUGCUUUCGACUUCGACAGACUUACGGAAGCGAUAUCUCAGCUAGAGCAAGGAAAAGCUGUGACGAUUCCCAAGUAUGACUUCUUAACGAGUACAAGAAAAGGCACACUCCGUAUAGAACCGGCAGAUGUGAUUAUUGUGGAGGGAAUUCUCAUAUUCUACGACGUUCGUCUUCGAAAUAAGUUCGCAAUGAAACUGUUUGUUGACGCAGAUGCUGAUAUUCGCCUAGCACGUCGUGGUCAGUCUUAA